ACCGCUCAGCGCAGCUUGACAAGCGUUGACAUUGCAGCUUUAGCUUGGAUUAUUAAAUAACAAAAACGUGCAGUAUGCGCACUUUGAUUUUGAUUGCGCUGCUGCUGGCAGCAACAGCAAAUGGCGAGGGCGGCUAUAACUAUGGCACAAACGAUGCAAUUGGCCAGGCGAGCUACGAGCAGCAGCCCAGCAGUGAGUACAGUGAGUUCAACAAGGAAUACUUUACGUACAGCGCACCUGAAGCGGAUUUCGAGGAUAAUCGCAGCGUGGGCGAGCUGGCUGCCUCGUUAAAGAGGAAUCUACGUGUGCUGUUCAUACGCGCACCUGAGAACAAGGGAUUGGAGCAUGCGGCUCUGUCGCUGGCCAAACAGGCAGCCGAACAGCAGACCGCCAUUUAUGUGCUCACACAGCAGGCGGAUCUGUCCAGCUUGUCCAAUAAGCUGCAGCAGCUCAAUCAUCUGAGCGCCAAACGGCCCGAGGUGCACUUUGUCAAAUAUCGCACGCCCGAGGAUGCGCUCAAUGCGCAGCGCACCAUUCAGCAGGAGUACGAUAGACUGGGCGGCAGCUCCACCACACACAACGGCGGUGUGGCGCCCGUGCUGGACUUUACCAGCAAGCAGCUUGUGCAGCAGCAGCAGCAGCAACAGCAGCUCAUACCUUUGCUGGAUGUGCGUAGUGGCGUCGGCGCUGAUGGUUUAGCGUCAGCGGAGCUGGAAGCAGCGCCAGCACCUGCGUCCAGCUACUUGCCAGUGGCUAAGCUAAGCUAACUCUAGUUUAUUUACAAAUUAGCUAAAUUGUAAUGCUUAAUUUUAUUCUUGUUACUCAUUUACU